AGGAGGGAAAAAAAAAUCUUUAUGCUUCUCUCUUCGAGUUUUCAUUCCCAGUGUGAAGGAGUUUCGUCUCAAAGGAGAAUAGAUUCCGGUAGAGAAAGAUCAACUUGAAAGCAUGGCUUACGUUCUUACAGAGACAGCUGCUGGUUAUGCCCUUUUGAAGGCAGCUGACAAGAAAAUCUACAAGUCGCAGAGCCUCAUCACAGACUUGGACACCACCGAGAAGGUUCUCUCGCAGUUCAAGGUGUCAGCCUUCUCCAAGUUCAACUCUGCUGCUAAUGCGCUUGAGGAGGUGAACAGCGUGAUCGACGGUAAGGUUUCUGAUCAAUUGAAGUCGUUGUUGGAGGGCGUUAAAGGUGAUAAGAAGACAACGCUUGUUGUCUCUGAGACCAAGUUGGCAAAUGCCAUCAACAAGUUGGGCCUGAACUUGAACGUUGUUUCAGACGCUGUCACCUUAGACCUGUACAGAGCUGUUAGAGAGCACCUGCCAGAUCUCUUGCCAGGGUUGUCGGACUCGGAUUUGUCGAAGAUGUCUCUGGGUUUGGCGCACUCCAUCGGCCGUUUCAAACUCAAGUUCUCCGCUGACAAAGUCGACACCAUGAUCAUCCAGGCCAUUGCCCUUCUCGACGACUUGGACAAGGAGCUCAACACCUACGCUAUGAGAUGUAAAGAAUGGUACGGAUGGCACUUCCCUGAACUGGCAAAGAUCAUCACCGACUCUGUUGCCUACGCCAGAAUUAUCCUCACCAUGGGUGUCAGAUCCAACGCUGCUGAGACUGACUUGAGUGAGAUCUUGCCAGAAGAUGCUGAGGAAAGAGUCAAGACUGCUGCUGAAGUGUCUAUGGGUACUGAAAUCACAGAGAUUGAUCUUAUCAACAUCAAGGCUCUCGCUGAACAGAUUGUUGAAUUUGCAGCUUACAGAGAAAAGUUGUCCCAAUACCUCUCCUCAAGAAUGAGAGCCAUUGCUCCAAAUCUCACCCAAUUAGUCGGUGAACUUGUUGGUGCCAGAUUGAUCGCCCACUCUGGUUCCCUGAUCUCGUUGGCCAAGGCCCCAGCUUCCACCAUUCAAAUCCUCGGUGCUGAAAAGGCUCUCUUCAGAGCUCUGAAGACCAAACAUGAUACACCAAAGUACGGUCUGCUGUACCAUGCUUCCCUUGUUGGUCAAGCCUCCGGUAGAAACAAAGGUAAGAUUGCUAGAGUCCUCGCUGCAAAGGCUGCUGUAGCUCUCCGUUACGAUGCGCUUUCAGAAGACAGAGAUGACUCUGGUGAGAUUGGUCUUGAGGUUAGAGCCAAGGUUGAGUCCCGUCUCUCUGCUCUUGAGGGUAGAGAUUUGAGAACAACAUCCAAGGUUGUCCGUGAGCAGAAGAAGGUUGACAUCUCUGAGGCCCGUGCUUACAAUGCCGACGCCGACGCCGCUGCUGAGAUCACAAAGGCCGACUCUGACGAUGAAAGUGAUGAAGAGGAGGAGAAGAAGGAGAAGAAGGAAAAGAAAGAGAAGAAGGACAAGAAAGAGAAGAAGGACAAGAAGGACAAGAAGAGAAAGAGAGAGGAGGAUGAUGAGGAAGAAUCUGAGAAGAAGUCCAAGAAGGAGAAAAAGGAGAAGAAGGAGAAGAAGGAGAAGAAAGAAAAGAAGUCUAAGAAGUCCAAGGAUUAA